AGUGUGCAGCCCUCCCGGUGCAGACAUACCCUUCUCGUCCUGAUGAACACAACUUCCAGGGUUUCAUUUUAAUUUUUCCUCCCCACAUCCGCGUACAUGUGUCGGGAGAAAACGUAGCGAUGGAGGCGGUUUACACUCACGGCAUCUGGAUGGCGGAGAGUCUCCAGGAGAGGACGAGGAGCCAGGAGAAGUUCUGGCUCGUCGUGACUCACAUUGGCGACCCAAAAGCAGCCUUUCUGCUCGUCUUUCCCUUCACUUAUUUCAUCAGCAAACGAGCCGGAGUGACGGUGCUGUGGGUCGCUGCCGUGUCCGAGUGGCUGAACCUGGUGUUUAAAUGGAUGCUGUUUGGAGAAAGACCGUUCUGGUGGAUCGGUGAGUCACGCCUGUUUGUCAACAAGCAACCCAAAGUUCACCAGGUUUCCUCCACCUGCGAAACCGGCCCAGGGAGUCCGUCGGGACAUGCGAUGGUGUCGGCAGCAGUGUGGUGGGUGGUGGUGUCCUCACUGGGGUCGUUCCUGUACUCCCGAACUCACAGCGUGGUGCUAUCGGCUGCUCCCUACCUGCUCUAUGUGGUGAUGCUGCUCGCAGUUGGAAUCUCCAGGAUCUUCAUCCUCGCCCACUUCCCUCAUCAGGUCGUCGCUGGAUCCUUUACAGGGCUCAUUCUGGGGAUUGUUCUGAGCCGCAGAGUCCCAGAACGGCGCCCCCUGCUGUUCUUCUUCAGCCUCAGCGUCGUUCUGCUGCUCGGUGCUCUGAUGCUCUAUGCCGGUUUACUGCAGCUGGGAGUGGACGUCACCUGGUCCAUUGCUUUGGCUAAGAAGUGGUGCAGCCGUGCGGAGUGGAUUCGUUUGGAAACGCUGCCGUUCUCCUCUCUGACUCGGGACUGCGGGGCCCUCCUGGGUCUGGGGUUGGCUCAGUACUGGAAGCCCGGCGGAUGGUCGCUGCCUUGGGCUCCGAGGGCUCUGGCUCUGGCCUUCUCCUCCAUGGGACUGUACCACGUGAACCGUCUGCCGCUGCCGGUUCAACCGCAGGGCCUCUUCUACGGCCUGUUCUUCGUCAAGUUCAUCAUGGUGCCUCAGAUCGUGAUGGUGCUCGUGCCUGGGCUGGUGCACCUCGUCACGCACAAGAAGAAGAAGGACUAGAGAUGAAUUCCUCCACACGUUGGAGACGUCUUUCACAUUUCCAAGAACUGUCGAUUCCCUUUGAGUUUCUGAAAACACUUUAAAAUGUCUCUUUAAUGUAAUGAGCUGCUGUGGCGGGAAAGCUUUAUUUAGGUACUCCAAGUUGAUGUCUUUGAAUUUUGUUUUUUUGAGUUUACAUUUGCCUUAAGUGUUGGGAUUGUUAUAGAAUUUCAAUGUAGCGUAGUUACAAUAAGUGUUAUUGUAAAUUCUACAGUAUUUUUGAAAAGUUGUGAGCUCAUAGAUGGAGAUUAUUUGUAAGAAAAGUACUGUUUUAAAGCUUUGUGCAUCAGACAAUGUGACAUAUUACUGGAAUAAAAGAUGCUUGAGGCAGGA